GCGCCACUCAGGACUAUCUGCACACAGACGCCUGGAGUGUGUCAGCGUAUACGGACUGGAGUUGUGUGUGUGAGUGUGUGUGUGUGUGUGUGUCUGCUGACUGGAUCGAUACGCCAGCAAUUAGUCAGUUCCAAUUAGUUCCUAUUAACCAGUGGGCCAGCCAGUCAGAGUGUGUUCAUCUGCUGCUGCUUUCUCCCCGGACAACAGCAGCUGGGAUGUGUGAGUAGGAAGCCCGCCAGGCUCACCCACAGCACCCAGAGGUGUCGCCAAACAUGGACAGGGUAGGGGUGUCAUUCCUGGACCCUUUGGAUGAUUACGAGUUAAUACACCGGAUUGGGUGCGGCACCUAUGGAGAUGUGUUCAAGGCUCGAAACAUCAGGACGUCUGAACUGGCAGCUAUCAAGAUUGUCAAGCUAGACCCUGGUGAUGACAUCACGUCCAUCCAGCAGGAGAUCACCAUGAUGUCGGAGUGCAAGCACAAAAACAUCGUGGCCUACUUCGGCAGCUACCACAGGAACACCAAGCUGUGGAUCUGCAUGGAGUACUGUGGUGGAGGCUCACUUCAGGAUAUUUACCAUGUGACGGGCCCAUUAAAGGAGAAACAGAUAGCAUACGUGUGCAGAGAAACCCUCCAGGGUUUGUAUCACCUGCACGAAACUGGCAAAAUGCACAGAGACAUAAAGGGAGCCAACAUCCUUUUGACAGAGAGAGGAGAUGUGAAACUGGCUGAUUUUGGAGUUGCAGCAGAGAUCAGUGCCUCUGUGGCCAAAAGGAAGUCUUUUAUAGGAACUCCCUACUGGAUGGCUCCAGAGGUGGCUGCAGUUGAGAAGAAGGGUGGGUACAACCAUCUGUGUGAUAUCUGGGCCGUUGGCAUCACCGCCAUCGAGCUGGCUGAGCUCCAACCGCCCAUGUUUGACCUCCAUCCAAUGAGAGCGCUGAUGUUGAUGUCCAAGAGCAGCUUCCAGCCUCCAAGACUAAAGGAUAAAACCAAAUGGUCAGCAGGUUUCCAUAGCUUUGUGAAGAUGUCUCUCAUUAAAAACCCUCGUAAAAGACCCUCAGCUGAGACACUGCUGCAGCAUCCGUUUGUGACGCAGCUUCUGACCCGGAACCUGGUCAUUGAGCUUCUGGACAUGGCCAACAACCCUGAGCUCCACAACACGCACACACACAGCAUGGACGACAACGAGCUGGAGAUUGGGGAAGUGGCUCCUGACAAGAUUCAGUCAGCAGGGAAACACCUGCCUGCAGAGAGGACCUUGUCUGAAGAACAAUUCGACCAAAUGAAGUUUGGGCCUCCACUGAGGAAAGUCACUGAGCCGUAUCCUGAUGUGCAGGGCUCUUAUGAUGACAACUGGAGUCUGUCUGGAGAUGAAGACAACUCGCCGAGCCUGUUGGAAUGUGUGGAGCAAGCUCUGCAGCUGAGGAGUUUAACCAUCAGGAGGGCGUCAUCUACUGAUGGAGGUAGGAAGAGUGGUUUGUUCAGUCCGGCUACAGCCUCCCUGCCAGCCUUCAGCUCUUUAACUCCCAGCACGGAGGACAGUGAGCUGAUGGUGAGACCCAGCUGCACACUGGGCCCAGACCCUGUCCUCACUGCGGACUCAACCUCCACUACAGUGUUGGCCAGGUGCUCAGCCACACAGGACAUCAGACAGCGCUGCAGUGAUCCAUGUCUGCCUGUGGAGGACGCUGCAACAGCAGAGAAGAAGAAGGUCACCACUGUUUCCUCUUCGAAAAGAGAGACACUGCUAUCACCUGAAUGGAGCACACUGAGGAAAAAGACUGAGGACGCUAGGGCUGAUUGUCAUGGACUUCCUCCUACCCCUCAAGUCCAUAUGGGAGCCUGCUUCUCCAAAGUCUUCAACGGUUGUCCUCUUAAAAUCCACUGUGCUGUCACAUGGGUUUUACCCAAGACAAGAGAUCAGUACCUUAUUCUUGGGGCAGAGGAGGGCAUUUACACACUGAACCUUAAUGAACUUCAUGAAGAUACACUAGAGAAGCUGCUCCCUCAGCGAUGCACCUGGCUGUAUGUUAUGAACAACGUGCUGAUGUCUGUAUCAGGCAAGUCUUCCCAGCUUUAUUCCCACAGUCUGUCGGCUCUGUUUGAACAGAGAGGACCCCUUCAGAAGAAACACAGCAGUCUGUCACUCAGCACCAGCCGCUUCACUGAGAGGAUCAGCUCCAGAAAGUUUGCCAUAUCAGUGAAGAUCCCCGACACUAAAGGUUGCAGGAGAUGUAGUGUAGCAAGAAACCCAUACACAGACAGUACAUUUCUAUGUGGGGCAGUUCCAUCUGGCCUGGCUCUUCUCCUGUGGUAUGAGCCUCUUCAGAAAUUCAUGCAUCUAAAGCACAUAGCCAUGAGGCUACCUGACUCUCUGCCCAUAUUUGAGCUGCUGGUGUUGGUGUCAGAUGAGUUCCCCCAGCUGUGUGUCGGGGUGAGAGACAGUAGUAACGGGAAACGCCCAGUCAGCCAGCAGCUCAAGUUUGAUAUCAUAGAGCUGAACAGCACGCCUAUCUCAGCGCCAGAUAGUGGAGCACUCAGGGCAGUACAGGUAACCCAAAUGGACAGAGACACUGUUCUCAUCGCAUUAGAAAAAACGGUUAAGAUAGUCAACCUCCGAGGGCUUCCAUCCAAAGAGCUGGCUGCUGAAAUGGUCUUUGACUUCCCCAUUGAAACUCUAGUCUGCUUACAGGACAGUGUGCUGGCUUUCUGGAAACAUGGCCUUAAAGGGAAGAGUUUUCAUUCAAAUGAGGUGACACAAGAAAUUACAGAUGAGAGUCGAGCAUUCAGAGUUUUGGGAACGAACAGGGACAUCAUCCUUCAGAGCACACCGACAGAUGACCCCUCAGCACUGAGCAACCUGUACAUCCUGACUGGACAUGAAAGCAGCUACUGAGAGAAAAUGGCUCAACUUCUUCUAAACGCACACUGAAGAGAAAUGCAGACCUGUUCUACAACCCAGUGAUGGAAACGGUGUCCUCCUUGCGAAGCUGUAGCAGACACCAGCACCAACUCUCUGCUGUGAGUGACAGAUGUCAGUAUGGAAUUCAGUUGCCCAUCCAGACUCAUACUUAAGUUGUUGGGCAACACAUGUACAGGAGAGACUUGUCAACAUGCUAAGUGAGUUUCUAACUCUUGUGUUUUCAUGUAAAAACAAUUCAUCUUGCCAUCUUAAAUCACAGUGUGACUGCAGCAGGGAAGACAGUUUCAUUCCUGAUGCUUCAGCUCUACUGCUGUAAUAAAAAAACAAAUAAAACAUUGACAUAACAUUUGUAACAGCACACAUACAUUUCUGAACUGAUGUUCUGAAGCAUGUAUUUGUUUACUGCUUGCUGUCGUCUUUGUCAGUUACUGGAACCAGAACAUUUAGUCAGGGACGAGUGUGAUAGGCUGAGACUCCUGUAAGUCAAUCACAUGAAUAAACCUUAACAACCUGUUAAAGGAAUUGUCAUAAAUUUCACAAAGAUGCACUCUAAAGGAAGGGAAAGAAUUUUAGGUCUUGUUUCCAUUGGUUAAACUGCAGCUGCAGACAGUUAGUUUCACCACUCAGCCACAGGGGUUUGCCUUUUUUUUGGUAUAUGCACACUGGUCUCUUCACACAAUGCUGAACUCACGCCUUGUCAGAGUUACCGUAAUUAACGCUUUCACAUCAUAAUUAUGACUGGGAAAACUCAGAUUUUUCUGAAAGCUCUGAAUAUAUCCAAGUUGGUGCUUAAACCUAAAGUUGUCAAAUGAUGUGAUUGCUCCCAUCUAUCCCAUAUGACCUGAACCAAGCCAAAGAGGCACUGAGUGAUUUUAGAUGAGGUUUGUUGUUGUGUGGACUACUUCCACGGUUUGGUGUAUUGAUUAAAGGAAUAUGUGAGGUAUUAAAAAGGUACCAGCCAGAACAGUAGUAAAUCCUCUUUUAUCUUAAAAUAUGAAAACACAUGAUGUAGCUUAAAAAUAGGACGGGGUUUUGACUCUAAACUGUUCCCCCAUAAAACAUGUCAGUGAUAUUUAGAUUGUCGCAUUGAAUAUAAAAAAAGAGUGCCUGUAACCAAGUUAACUUCUCAAAUGUAUACUUACCCAAGACCAUGUCAUUCUGAAAAUCAUAUUUAAAUGUAUUUUGAAGAUUGUGAAUGUGCUAGCGUAGCAGCAUUUACAUUAGGCUAUGUGUCACCAUGUUGAGAGACCCUCAGAGCUUAGAAUUCCUGUUCAACCUUCUAAAGUCAUUGCAGCCAGUUACACAUUUGUGCCCAACAGUGCUUUGAUCUUCUCCAUCUGCAUUGGUAUUAAUUAAUUCACGCUAAAUAUAUUUGAUUACAUUAGGGACCAUGGAAACUGAAUGCAAUUAAAGUGUAUUAGUUUGACUAAAAUUCCACUACAUUAGAGUUUUGUGUGUCAUGAUAUUUGUUAUUUAUGGAAAAGGAAAUGUACAAGUAACACUCACAUUUCCCUGAUAUAUUUGAAGGACAUAAUAUGCAUAUAUGACUAUUUGUUUUUCAAGAUGUUUUUAUUGUUAUUGUGUAUACAUUUUAAGUAUAUAACGAUACAGUAUGCUCUUACGGUAUGGAGAGGUUGUAAUAUGCGCAAUAAAGAUUUUAAUAUCCUUUGAA